CCAGCUCUUUACGACUCUCUGCACCACCGUCAGGUUCACCAUGUCUAGCGCAGAGGAAUUCCGCAAGAGAACCCUCGCCAGGCUCGACAGCAUCCGCUCUCACCUCCAGACCGUUCCGCGCACCUCCCGUCUCAAGGGCAAGGUCUGCAUCAUCACAGGGGUGGGCUCCCUCAAAGGCAUUGGGCGUGCUACCGCAUUGCUGUUCGCACACGAAGGCGCACGUCACCUCUACCUUGCCGACUACGACCCGACCAACCUCCCCGAACUCAAGUCCACUAUUGGAAAGGCAUACCCAGACGUCAAGGUCACCGUCCAGCAAGCGGACGCUGCUGACGAGGCUGCUGUAGCCGGCCUCUGCAAGCAAGCCCUCCAUGACGAGGGGCGCCUUGAUGUCUUCUUCGCGAACGCCGGCAUUGCUCCCUUUGCUCUAAUUGAAGACCUUGAGGCGAAGCAAUUCAUAGAGACGAUGCGCGUCAACUCACUAUCAUGUCUGCUCGCCGUGAAGCAUGCCUCGGCGGCGAUGAAGCAAACCAACCCAUCCCGCGGUAAAGAGUACAGCGGAGGAAGCAUCAUCCUCACCGCAUCCGUCGCCGGACUGCGCUCAGGAGCUGGUUCGACCGAUUAUAGCGCAAGCAAGGCCGCUGUGAACAGCAUUGCCCAGACCGCGGUCUACCAGCUCCAGAGGACGGACAUUCGUGUCAACACCAUAUGUCCCGGUCUCAUCGAGACGGGCAUGACUGUCGGAGUCUUUGAGCCUGCUCGCGCGAGAGGAAACGAAGGCAAGAUUGGCCAGCUCAAUCCUCUGGGCCGCUACGGCCUUCCUCAGGAGAUCGCGUACGUUGCCUUGUUCCUUGCCUCUGACGAGUCAAGCUAUGUGAACGGACAAGCGUGGGCCGUAGACGGGGGUCUAUCAAGUUCCCACCCUGUGGUUCCCGGCAGAUUCCACUGAGCAUAUCAGGAGACGGCGAAGUCUACUCCGAAGAUGAUGCGUUGAACUCUUACUCGUGUAUAGGAUCAUGUAGUGUCAAUACUGAUUGAGGUUGUCACCUCCGAAUGCGAUUGCAGUUACUCCU